AGAUACAGAGACCCAAAAUCAAUUCUCUAAUUCCGAUAAAAUGGCCCCUUCUGAUAUAGAGAAAAAAGACAUCGAAUUGGCUAAGAAGCUAUCGGAUUCUGAUAGUCAAUUAGACGACGGUUCAAUCAAAGAGAAAUCAUUGACUUGGCCUCAAGCAUCAUUCCUACUAUUGCUUGAGUAUAUAGUCAUAGCAUUGCUAGCCCUUCCAUCUUCUUGGGCUACACUAGGAUACGGUGGUGGUACAAUCGCUACUAUCGUCUUGGGUAUCGUCGCUGGAUAUACGCAACAUGUCUUAUGGCGUUUCUGUUUGAAAUUCCCAGAAGUGCGGGAUAUCCUUGAUGUAGCAGUUAUUUUAGCUGGUGGGGGUAAAUGGGGGCGCAUUGCAUGGUUCUGUGCAUUCGUUGGAUUAGUUCUCAACAAUGUCGCUAUUAUGGGCUUACAUGUCGUUCAAUUUAGUGUCAGUGUGAACACACUCUCUGAAGGUGCGAAAUGCACACAAGUUUUCGCCGUUUGCGGUACACUCCUUAUGUUUAUUCUCUCUCUCAUGAGAGAGCUUAAGCAGAUGAGUUUAAUGGGAGCUAUAGCUUCCAGUACUAUGCUUCUCUGUAUUGUUUUGGCAAUGAUUUUCGCUGGCGUACAAGGCUUACCUGCAAACCAUUCAGGUGGUCCAAUAAUCUUGAAACCAUGGGAUGAAGAAGGUGGCGUUGAAGGUCUGAUAGCGGGUAACAACGCGGCUUUAAAUAUCGCAUAUACGUACAUUGGACACAUUUUGAUUCCUUCGUUCGUCGCUGACAUGAAAAACCCAAAAGAUUUCGAUAAGGCUAUCUAUGUUUCCAUCAUCGCAGAAAUUAUCUUGUUUAGUUUGGCAGGUGGUAUCAUUUACUCCCAAAUCGGCGCCACGGAUAUGACAAGUCCGGCAUACGGCUCUCUGCAACCACAUUUCAAGAAAGCUAUUGCGGCCUUUGUUCUGCCAACUGUAGUCAUCGUUGGUGGUGUAUACUGCUUGGUCACAGCUAAGACAGUAUUUGCACGUGUUUUUGAUUUCAACUCAGUGCAUAGAAGAAGCCACACCGUUAAAGGAUGGUCAGCAUGGAUUGGAAUAAUCACUGUUUUAUGGAUUUUGGCUUAUAUUAUCGGACAAGCCAUUCCAUUCUUCAAUGAUCUGAUUUCUUUGAUCAGUUCGCUAUUUGAUUCUUGGUUUGGAUUUAUUUUCUGGGGUGUAGGAUAUUUCUUCAUUUACCGUGGAAAGUCAUUUAGCCGAUGGGGAAUCGUAGAGGGUCCUCUUAAUAUUCUCAUGAUCAUAGCGGGUUUCGUGUUGCUUGGAUUGGGUACAUACACCUCAGUUGAAUCCAUCCGCGAGUCCUAUGCAUCUGGAUCUAUAAAAUCACCUUUCUCUUGCGUAAAUAAUGGUUAUUAGAGACAUUUUCAUCUUUUCGUAAACGCGAUUAGAUAUUAGACAUUUAUUUAAUUCGGUACUUUCAUAUCUAAUUUCACUUGUAUUUUAUUUAAUAGACUAUCAUCACAUAUCAUUUU